AUUUUCAUUCCUUACAUCGUUGUCGUUCUCACAUUUUUUAAAGAACUACAAUAAACUACAAUUAUAUAUUGUAAAACUGAUUGUGCUAAGUUAAUUUUACAAAUUUUGUAAAGAUUAUCAUCCAUAAGGGAUCAACAAUAUGGCACGAAAUUCUGAGAAAGCAAUGACGACCUUGGCCAGGUGGCACGCCAUGAAGUUAGAGGAAGAGAAAGGCCCGAAGAACGAACGCCGCCCUUACCUCUCAACCCUUGUAGAUAAGUUGCCAGAGGCGGAAAAGUGGCGACUGCAAAUCAUUCGUGAUGUCGCAAAGAAAGUUAGCCAGAUUCAGAACGCUGGGCUUGGAGAGUUCAAGCUUCGAGAUAUGAAUGAUGAAAUUAACAAACUACUCAGAGAAAAGUACCAUUGGGAACGUAGGAUAGCACAGUUGGGGGGUCCAAACUAUUCUCGUUAUGGCCCUAAAAUGUUUGACAACGAGGGAAAAGAAGUUCCAGGGACCAGAGGGUACAAAUAUUUCGGUGCUGCGAAGGAUUUGCCUGGAGUUAGGGAAUUAUUUGAGCCUGAUGUUAGUCAUGCUCCAAAGAAGACGAGGGGCGAGCUAAUGCGGGAUGUGGACGCCGACUACUACGGUUAUCGCGAUGAUGACGACGGCAUCCUCGACCCGUUGGAGAGGGAAGCAGAGGCAGUCGCAAUCGACAGGCUGGAGGCAGAGUGGAUUGAAAAGAGGAAAACGAAAGGGAAGUCCGUUCCAGAUUUUAAAGCGUUGGAAGCAGAGAAGGCCAAGGUUGAAGAAGAAGUUAAAAACUAUUUCAUUCAAGUUCCAUCCCAAAAGGAAAUUGAGCAGAAAAUCAUUGACUUGAAGAAAAAGAUGUUAUUGGAACAGUAUGUGUCACCAGAAAUCACGACAAAAGAAGCUGAAUCUAAGAAGUUGCUCGGCAUUUCUUAAGGCUUGUGUUUGUCUCGUGUGUAUGUAUGCAUAUUUUUGUAUCGUUUGUUAAGAUCAAGUGAGGAUGUAAGUAUAAUGAUCUACAUGUAUUUUUUAAGUAGUGAAUAAAAUGGCUGUGUGAUUUUAUUUAUGUAUAUUGUA